UUCAAUGUGUCAACAAAAAGCAGACAGCAAAGUGAAAGUGCUGCGGUCUCAAAUUUUAUAAACAUGUCUGGGCGCGAAAAAGCAGUUGUGUCAUUGGCUAAAUCUGCAGCUCUAUUUGGCAUUCUGAUUGGGCAGACCUUAUGACGUCACUCUGAAUAUGCACGAAUUACACACAAGAAUUUAACACCUUAUUUGCAUACCACUUGGUAUAUAAGGCGGAUAAGUCAAACUCUCCUCCAUCUACUGCAUUCUCCAGCUGAACGACUCCGCUGAGCUCCCGACCAUGCCCGAGCCUGCCAAGUCCGCGCCCGCCCCGAAGAAGGGCUCCAAGAAGGCGGUGACCAAGGCGCAGAAGAAAGACGGCAAGAAGCGCAAGCGCAGCCGCAAGGAGAGCUACUCGGUGUACGUGUACAAGGUGCUCAAGCAGGUGCACCCCGACACCGGCAUCUCGUCCAAGGCCAUGGGCAUCAUGAACUCGUUCGUCAACGACAUCUUCGAGCGCAUCGCGGGCGAGGCGUCGCGCCUGGCGCAUUACAACAAGCGCUCGACCAUCACGUCGCGCGAGAUCCAGACGGCCGUGCGCCUGCUGCUGCCCGGCGAGCUGGCCAAGCACGCCGUGUCCGAGGGCACCAAGGCCGUCACCAAGUACACCAGCUCCAAGUAGACGCGCGAGCACGCGGCCUCACUCCUGACCCAAAGGCUCUUUUCAGAGCCACCCACGUUUUCCCAUAGAGAGCUGUGCACUGGCACGUCCAAGUCCUGAGCGUUCGUGCCCACACUCGGGAGGGGAUCCCCGAGUGCCCCACGUGGUAGGUGCAGGGCCACCUCUCUGGACAAUAGUGCCCAGUACGAGGCUCCCGUUGUGUAUGUGAGCGUGGACUGAAACCCAUGUAUGUCUCACUAUCUAAUCCCCUCAAGCUGCUUGCCACCAUUUUUUAACGUUUUCGCAGGGACUGUGUGGGCUGCAAGAGACGCUUUAUAAAGCUUCCAAAUCGACCCUGAAAUGUCUGGUCUGUUUUCAGUAAAGCGUCCCCCCAAAGCGCCUCACUGGCAGCCUCCACGAGCGUCCUCUAGGUGUCGCUGUGGCUCUGCGCCCGCCUUCCUUUGUGUGGCUCCAGUGACUUCCCCAUCCCCAUCCCCCGCCCUGUGCCCGCGGCCUUUAGAGCCCUUGCUAAGCGUUUUAUCUAAGGGCGUGGAUGCCUAACUCAGGGUUCUUUUCAGAGCCGCUUACUGCCUCAGCGAAAGAAUUGCAUGCCUUUCUGUUCCAUCACAAUGACUCCUGAAUUUGCUGAGCCUUUGUCCGUUCUAGGAAGACCUGUAUGGGAGCCCCGUGUACUCAGUACAGUAGGCCUGUUCCUCUGCCUCCAGUGCUCCCGGGACUUGCUGUUUUUAGGGCAAACAGGCUGGAGUUGUGCACACCAGACUCAUUUGCAGUAGCUUCUAGGCACAGCAGCGGGGCUGGCAGGGGGCAGUUACAAGGGGGCGCUCUAGUUUGCUUCUGUGUCAGCUCUGGUCUUACCUUCUGGGGCAACUGUAACCAUUGAACCAAGGUAUCCGUCUGGGCUGUCGAUCACUACUUCUGCCAAUUAAGCAGAGACGGGGUUGGAUCCCAUAUGAGCGUUUAUUCCAAUCCUGCCGGCAGCAGGGAGACCAGCAGGCCACCCACAAGAAUCUGCUCUGACACCCCACCCCCCGCCCCGCGCAGUUGGCUGAUUAGAUGCACACGAUGGAGAAGAUAGCUACGUGCUGCGCGCUGCGUGUGUAGCAGGGAAACGGGAGGGAAGAGUCUGCAGUCCGGCCUGCAGGAGCUCACACCCUGAUAAGGUGUCUAAUCGGUGAUGUUACAAACAGCUCAGCCUGUUCCUGGGCCCAGAGAAUGGUCCGCGCUCCUGAGAAACACUCCCGGAGGGGGCCAGAGUCCCAGCACAGCCACCCAGUCCAAGCGUGUCCUGUCCUUGGCCUGUUCUCCAAUGUGUCUGUUUUCUGAGUCAUGGACCCAUGGCGGCAUCUUAUCUUUUUCCAGCCUCCAGGGUCCCAGGGUCUGUCAGAGAACCUCUCACCACAGUUAGUGAGGAGAAUUACUAGACAAUGGCGGCUCCAUUCUUAUGACAUGCCCUCCCCUCUAUCACAACAACUGGUUCCAGUUCCUGGCUUUGCCCCCCGCUCCCCACCCCCAGCCUGGGUUCUAGGCUUCCAGCAUCAGCUUUAUAAGCGCCUGCUCCCAAGAUCGGAGCCUUAUCUCUACCGGGACUCCCUCCAGAUUUCCAGACUUUAAUAACUGACGUGUGUUCUCGCUCUGAGCCCUGCUCUGGCUCCUGCUUCCUUUCCCUUGUCCUUGGCACACCAGUUCUCUCUUGCUUUUCAGUUUCCCAAAACCUGUGUCACGUUCAUUAAAUUAUC